AUGCGCCCGGCGCUCGGCCACCCCCGCGCGGUCUCGUCCUCGGCCGGCCCCUUCCCGCCGCCCCCCGCCGCCGCGCGGCUGCAGCCGCUCUUCCUCCGGGGGGGCGCCCCCCGCGGCCGGCGGGGCUCGGGCGACAGCAGCACCAGCACCAGCCCCAGCCGGGGGGGCGGCGGCCGGCGCGGCGCGGGCGGCUCCCCCAGCAGCAGCACCGGCGCGGAGCGCGAGGACGACGACGAGAGCGCGAGCAUCAGCAAGCCGCUGGUGCCGGCCGCCGCCGCCGCGCCCCCGGGGCCCCCGGCGCAGGGGGGCGCCCCGGGCCCCGGCCCCGCGCCGGCCGCCUUCUCCUCGUCGGCGCCCACCUCCUCCGGCAGCUCCACGCCCACCUCCUGCAGCAUGACGGCCGUGGACUUCGGGGGCGCGCCCGCGGCCGGGGCCGUCGGGGCGCCGGGGCGCGCGGCCGGGGGCGCGGGCGGCGCGGGCGCGGGGGGCGGCUCGCCCUGCUGCGCCUGCUGCUGCUGCUGCUGCCGCCCGGCGCGGCCCGGCCGCCGGGGCCGGCGUCGCGGCUGCGCGCCCGGCCCGGGGUGCCGCUGGGGCUACCAGGCGCUGUCCGUGGUGCUGCUGCUGGCGCAGGGCGGGCUGCUGGACCUGUACCUCAUCGCCGUCACCGACCUGUACUGGUGCUCCUGGAUCGCCACCGACCUGGUGGUGGUGGUGGGCUGGGCCAUCUUCUUCGCCAAGAACAGUCGGGGCCGUCGGGGCGGCGCGGCGAGCGGCGCGCACAGCCACCACCAGCACCACCACCACGCCGCGCCGCCCCUGCACCUGCCCGCGGCCUCCGCCGCCUCGGCGGGGGCGGCCGCGGGGGCCAAGGCGCGCGGCGGCCGCGGGGGCGCGGGCGGCCCCGGGGGCGGCCUGGGCGCGGCCGGCGCGGCGGGCGAGUUCGCCUUCGCCUACCUGGCCUGGCUCAUCUACUCCAUCGCCUUCACGCCCAAGGUGGUGCUCAUCCUGGGCACGUCCAUCCUGGACCUCAUCGAGCUGCGCGCGCCCUUCGGCACCACGGGCUUCCGACUCACCAUGGCGCUGUCGGUGCCCCUGCUCUACAGCCUGGUGCGAGCCAUCAGCGAGGCGGGCGCCCCCCCUGGCUCCGCGGGACCCCUGCUCCUGCAGCCCCAGCAGCACCGCGCCGCCGGCUGCUUCCUGGGCACGUGUCUGGACCUGCUGGACAGCUUCACCCUGGUGGAGCUGAUGCUGGAGGGCCGCGUGCCUCUCCCGGCACACCUGCGCUACCUGCUCAUCGCGGUCUACUUCCUCACCCUCGCCUCGCCGGUGCUCUGGCUCUAUGAGCUCAACGUCGCCGCCGUCACUUCGUCCUGGAGCCAGGCUUCGGGGCCCGGCAGCUGCAGCCGCCUCCUGCGCCUGCUGGGCGGCUGCUUGGUGGACGUGCCCUUGCUGGCGCUCCGCUGCCUCCUGGUGGUGAGCUAUCAGCAGCCCCUCUCCAUCUUCAUGCUCAAGAACCUCUUCUUCCUGGGCUGCCGGGGCCUGGAAGCCCUGGAGGGCUGCUGGGACCAGGGGAGUCGGGCCUCCCCCAGCCGGCUCCGAGGAAGCUAUGGCGCGCCACCCUCUGCACCGCCACCACCGCCACCAGCACCUCAGGGAGGCUCCCAGCUGGGCCACUGCAUCCCGGAGAACGAGGGGGGCGCCCAUGGUUAUGUCAACACGCUGGCUGUCGCCUCCCAGAAUUGAGAGGAAUAAGGAGGGGGCCUUCCUUUAGGGUUGAGAAGCCCUGGCUCCCUUGGCCUCUCGUCUCUCACCCAGAUUUGCUCUGGCCGCUUGGGAGAGGUAACUGUUUGCAGGGCCGUGGGCCAGCGUGUCCUGCAUUUCUUGGAUCAAGACUGUGAGGAGAGAGACCAGCAGUUCAUGGUGGGGGAGGAAGGUCCACUUACCCUGUUUUUUUCUUCCCCAUGCCCUACGCUAAACCUAGCUCCAGGGGAGUGGUCCCUCUGCUUCUGAAUUUUUCCACCUCCCACCCUAAAUCCAACCCAUUGUGGAAGAAAAUGGAGGGAAAGGGUGUGCUCAGACAGGAGGUGCGGGGCCUUGGGCCAUUCCCCUAGCUUGGAAGUGCCAGCUUCUUUUAGGCCUUGAAACUGACCCAGAAUCCACUGUUUCCCUCAUGUGUCUAUUGGAUUUCUUCCAGAUGGUCGAUGCAAAGUCUAUGUCUGUGUGUGUCUCUGUGUGUGUGUGUAGUGUGUGUGUGCAGUGUUGUUUUCUUGUGUCCACCAGAUGUAGGGAGGCCCUGCCCUUCCCACCACACAUACCACUACUCUCCUUGUGAAUUUGUGGCCAUGAAUUCCCAGAAGAGCUGGGCUCCUGGGUGCUGCCCACUCGGUCUCCUCCAGGGGACAAGCUUGCCCAGGAUCCUUCUUCCUGCUCCUCUCUUCGCAGCUUGGGGGAGGAGAGGGUCCAUAGUCUAAGGACCAAACUACACCCUUUCUUGGGUGAGUGAGCAUUUCUACCUCCGUGCAUUCAACUUUCCUUGCAUCGUGCACUGAUGCUGCUUGCAAAAAAUGAAGACAAAAUACUCAGAAGUUGAUUCCAUGUGGCCACAAUCCAGCUGGGGUUUGGGGCCCACGGUUCAUACAGGGUCUGUGGAGUAUCAGCCAUUGGCCUGACCUCCCUCUGUCCCUGCCUCUGCACCCAGAACUCUUAUUCUUCCUGAGGUCUGUUGCUGGCUGGGUCAGAUCUUGUCUCAGAAUAACAGCUUUGGUGGGAUUCCUGGAAGUUGGGGCUCCCAUGGGCCCACAGAGGGGGAAAACCCCAGUUCCCCACCUGUCCUUCCUCUUGGGAG